AUCAGCAACGAGCUUUUGGGGAGUAUUCAAAGACGCGGACGAAUCAAGAUAGAAGGACCAGGGGUGGCCUCCUAUGUGGCGAAGACAAGAGACGUAGCUGAAUACAUGUUAGCUGAAGGACAAGUGAACGUGACUUUGAGAGGUACAACGUACAAGAUCAUCUUCAAACCCUGGAUGACCAGGGCAGAGUUCAGAGACCUGAGAAGGCGGGAAGAGGAGAACGUUUUUUGGGUGAUGGCCUUGCAAAGUCCGCUGGAUGACAUGCCGUUUAUUUAUGCACAAAUUGAGAAGGCGAUUGGUAAGAUUAUUCGAACGCAUCUAAUGGACGCGGAUCCGGAUAGACCAGCUCUGGUGAACGCUCGCUUUGAUAUUGACCCGGAGGCUAGGGUCAACAUGAAGGAUGUCCUCUGGGUGGAAACAUCCAAGGGAGAUGUGCUUGAAAUUCAGCUGGCUACAGCAGGAACCCUGAAGUGCAGUAAAUGUAAACAGUACUUCCACUCCGAACAGGACUGCCGGAGAGGAGCGAGAAGCCGGAAUCAGGGUGCAGCCACAGGAGGAGCAUCCAGUCAAAAUCAAACUCAGCAUACGGAGGGAGCUUCGUCUGCCAAGGGCAUGACCCAAGGACAGGGCUACCAAGGCACGUUGGGACUGAGACUGCAGACUCCAAUGCAACCAGGACCCGUCAGAUCCCACCUGGGCCGUGGUCUGGAUGGAACGGUACCAAUGGCGGCCCAGGAGGGAUGGGUCCAAUUGGCCUUGGGCACCAGUGAACGAUGGGGUCAGUUCUGGACACGACAGAACAAGCAAGGCUCAGAGCGGUACAGGGAGGGCAAGGCACAAGCACCUCGCGCUCAUUUCGAAGAGUACUGGGUGGAGGUGAAGGAGGAGGCGGAAGAGGGGAGCAGCAAUCAGAGGGUACAGCCGGAAGGACAAGGGCACGGGGUGCUGGCAAACAGAGGCGGUUGAGCAUGACCUCACAACCAGAAUUGAGGCAGGAGCCGUCAGGAGACUCAAGAAUCUCGAAGGAAGAUUUGGAGACGUCCAUCAACCACGAGGCUGGUCUUGUGACCCCUGGGAGAAAGACUACACGAGAUAGACGGUUGAUGACUACGAGUAAAUCUUCAGGCGUGGACAUGACUCAAUAUCUGGUACCGCUGCUGUGCACGACGGUAAGAGGCGCCACUUGGGUGAUAGCGUGGCAAAGGAACGCGGGCCCUUCGUUAAUCUUUGGACAACAAAUCUCGGAGAUGCCG